AUGAAGUUCAAUCUGGCCACUGGCCUAGUGUGCUUGCUUGCGACCACUGAAGCUGUUGCAGCUUCCAGCUGGUGGAGCAAAGCUGUUUACAACAAGUGGCAUGAAACUGAGCUUGAGCGAUGGCUCUCGGACCAUGAUAUUCCCUACCCUUCCCCCGCCGACCGCCGGGAUCUCGAGAACCUGGUCAAGUCGAACUGGGAAGCCCGUGUUCAGAAGCCCCUUGGCAACGCCGUGGAUCGAGUCACUGAUGAGUUCCAUGAGGCAAAGGAAUGGGUCUUUGACACUUGGUCGGACUCCCAGUUGAAGGCAUUCCUCGAUCGCCAUGGCAUUCCGGCACCUCAACCCCGCAAGCGCGAUGUAUUGAUCAAGACUGCCCGUGAGAACUACGAGUCCAUUGCGAAGAAGGUUGGCGAAACUGCUGCAUACCCUGGUAACUGGCUGUACGAGAGCUGGUCCGAGUCUGAUCUCAAGGAAUGGCUUGAUGAGCGGGGAUGGCCUGCUCCCCAGCCCACGAACCGCGACAAGCUGAUCGCCUUGGUGCGCCGCAACUCCCGCCUUGCCAGCCUGCAGGCCAAGAGUAUUGCUGCGUCCGCGAAGGCUUCCGCCGAGGCUGCCCAGGCAUCCUUGAGCGAGGAGCUUUUCAACGCUUGGUCCGACUCCAAGUUGAAGGAAUUCCUCGACGAGCACAACGUGAAGGUUCCCCAGGGCUCGAAGCGUAAUGAGCUUAUCGCCCUGGCUCGUAAGCACCGUGCCUACCUCGUCGAGCAAGCUUCUAGUGCUUCUGCCGCCGCCUCGGAGGCGUUCGGUGCCGCCACUACCAAAGCCGGAAACGAGUAUGCCCGUGCUAAGGAUGAUAUCAAGCUGAAGAUUGAGGAUCAAUUCGACGCAGCUAUCAAGACUUGGUCUGACUCGCGCCUGAAGGCCUUCCUCGAUGCUCGCGGUGUUCCCGUUCCUCAGUACGGAAAGCGUGAUGAGCUUAUCGCCAAGGUUCGCGCCAAUGCACACAGGGCUGCUGGUGGAUGGAAUGAGUACAACUUUGAUACCUGGGACAAGGAGCAUCUUUUGAAAUACCUCUCUGCCAUGAACUCCAAGGCCGCAAAGAAGGCUGAUGCUUCCCGCGAAGAGCUCACCAAGCACGCCAAGGAUGCUUACCUGAAGGCCUCGAAGGCUGGCGGCGAGCACUACGCCUCUGCUACCAAGAAUCUCGCCCAGGCCACUGGCUCUGCUAAGCAGGCUACCUUCGACAACUGGUCGCAAUCCGACCUCAAGAAGUACCUCGACUCGUACGGCAUCCCUGUCUACCAGGGAUCUAGCAUCGACGAGCUUCGUGCUGCUGCUCGUCGUCAGGCGACCUACUUCCGGUUCGGCACCAGUAACCCACAAGAGACCAUAUACGCCAAGGUAAUGGAUACUUUGAACUGGGCUCUUGAGAAACUCAAGGUAGGCGCGGCGAGCGGCCGCGCUCAGGGCCAGGAGGCCGCUGAGAAGGUCCGUGAACAGGCCGCUGAGCAGACUGAGAAGAUUCGGAGUGAGCUGUAA